AUGAGUCGACCAAGUCGAGUUUUCCAGACACCAGGGCCAGGCUGGUUCGUCCAUACCUCAGGCGAGGGAUCUGACAAUGAAGAGGAGGAAUUUGGGUCUGAAGAAGAAGAACAUGUAGCAGCUGGGUCAGGCAGUGAAGGAGAGGUCCAAUCUGAAGAGGAUGAGGGACAUGGGGAGAUGGAAGAAGAAAUGGAGGAAAUAGAACAUGAAGAAGAAGAAGUAGAUGAAGGAGAGAUAUUAGAAGAGGAAGAAGAGAUUCAAUCUCCAGAUGAAGCUCAGCAAGAACAAGAGGGAGAACAAGAAGAGUAUGAAGAAUAUGAAUCAGAGCAAGAGGCUGUUUCAGAGCAAGAAGAAGCAGAGGGAGAAGAAGCAGGGGAAGAAGAAGCAGGGGAAGAAGAAGCAGGGAAAGAAGAAGCAGGGGAAGAAGAUGGCCACUAUGAAGCUGAAGAACAUGAGAGGGAAGAAUAUGAAGAAGAAGAGCAGGAGGAAGGCGAGGUCCAGGAGGAGGAGGAAGAAGAAGGAGAAUAUGAAGAAAUGGUGGAUGGUGAAGGAGAGGAAGGAGAAGAGAUGUUAGAAGAGGAGGAAGAGGGGGGAGAGGAGCAUGAAGAAAGAGAAGAAGGGUCGGAACAGGAAGUUGAGGAGCAGCAAGAAGAAGAUGAAGAAGAGAUGGAAGCUGAGGACAAUGAAGGCAGGCAGUCUAUGGAUGAGGAAGCACACUUUCAUGGAGAAGGUGAAGAGGAAGGUGUUCAAUCACAGGAGGUAUCAGAGAGAGAAGAUGAUGAAGAUGGGGAUAGACUAGUCAUCAGUCAAGAUGAAGAGGAAGAAGAUGAUGGAGAAAGAGAGCAGGAGCACAGGGAUGAAGAAGAAGAAGAGACCGCAAGGCAACGGGAUUCAGAUGAUGGGAGUGACAGUGACGACAACAUAGGUAGGAAACCAAAGAAGAAGGUUGUGGUUGGCAGUGAUGAUGAAGAUGCUGAACAAGCAAAGGAUUCUGAUGAUGAAAAUGCACCAGGUGUUGAAGCAACUCAAGAAGAUUUAUUUGGUGAGUUGUCUGAUGAUGAUGAUGACGACAACCUUGAUGAUAUUGUAGAUCAGCUUGGGGAUACGCAACGUGACUCUGAUGAUGAAGAGAAAGGAAGAGAUGAAGAUGAAGAACACGAAGACCGUGUCAUCCGUGGAGCAGAUAUCAACGAGGAUGGUGAUCUCAUCCAGAGAGAUGACGAUGAGGAGAAAGAACCAGAGGAGAUACCAGAGACAAGGAUUGAGGUAGAGCUGCCCAAACUGGGAGUGGACCUGGGAGAAGAGUAUCACUUUGCAAAGCUUCCUAACUUUCUCAGUGUGGAAACAAGGCCAUUUGACCCUCAGUUUUAUGAGGAUGAAGUCCAUGCCGAUGAAGAUGAGGUUUUAGAUGAAGAAGGAAGAACAAGGCUUAAACUUAAGGUGGAGAAUACAAUCAGAUGGAGAAAAGUUUUUGAUGAGGAAGGAAAUGAGAUUGGCAAAGAGAGCAAUGCAAGAAUAGUCAGGUGGUCUGAUGGAAGUUUGUCUCUUCAUCUUGGUCAAGAAGUAUUUGAUGUUUACAAGAUGACCCAACAAGGCGACUUCAACCAUUUCUUCAUCCGUCAAGGCACUGGUCUUCAAGGACUAGCUGUAUUCAGAACAAAGCUAUCAUUCAGACCACACUCUACAGACAGUGCUACUCACAGGAAGAUGACCCUAUCCAUGGCAGACCGAUGCUCCAAGACUCAGAAGAUCAAAGUGGUUCCCAUUGCUGGUAAAGACCCAGAGGCACAGAGGGGUGAAAUGAUCAAGAGAGAGGAGGAGAGAUUACGAGCAUCACUGAGGAGACAGAAUCAACAGAGAAGGAUACGAGAGAGAUCUCACCAGCGAGGUCUCAGUGCAGGCUACCUGGAGCCGGACAGAGAGGAUGGUUUUGAGGAGGAAGAUGAUACAGCCAUCAGUCUCUCAGCAAUCAAAAAGAACUUCAAGAGCAGUCUUGCCAAAGUUCAAGACCAUGGCCUGUAUUCAUCAGAUGAAGAGGAGGUCGACAGAGCAGAGAAGCUUUCUAGGGUCAAGGCACUUUACAGUGACAGCGAUGAGGAUUCCGAUGAAGGCAAGAAGCGAAAAAUAGACGACUCUGAGGAUGAGGACCGGGAUGAGGGGUCAUCAACAAAGAAGAAGAAAAGGGUAGCAGUAUUAUCAGAUGACGAUGAUAGCGACUGAGAUACAGUGCAUUAAAAUUAAAUAGAAAAUAAGAACUAAUUUUGUAUACUUGAGCAUUUUUCAGACGCUACUCCCGAUGUGUAUCGGAAUCCUGCUUUCAUGGACCUCACAGGGCAAGAUGCGGUGUAAUUCCCCUUCCAAUCACUUGUAGUGUGACAACAGAUUGAGGUGCUCAGUUUUCAUUUUCAACCCUUCAGCCCAAUGAAAUAUAAAACCAUAUCUUUUUCAUCAAAUUAAUCUGAUUAUAACCAUUGCUCAUUUCAUAGUACCAUUAUUUAAUUUGUGUAUUAAAGGGGAAGUCCAACUUGAUUUAAGUUGUUUUUAAUUACAGUUGGACAAAAAAAAUCCAUUGAAAUAUAAGAGUUUUUAUUUUUGGAGAUGCCACAUGCAAGCAGCUGCCCAAUAUGUCAUGUAAUACAAAUGUCAUAAUUUCCUGCUUUUUAAUGUUGCAAGAUGACUGAAAGUAACAUUUUAUUAUAACCAUGUAUGACAUAAUGUGUCUGAUGAUACAGUGAGUGAACAGAUCAUAAAUCAUUUUCAAGUUUUAAAAGAAUUACAUUUUAUGGCAUUUAUAUCACAAGACACGGAGCAGCUUAAGCAUCCAGGUGAACUUUUCAUUUUCCUCAACAGUUUUAAUUUCACAAGUCAAAAUCUGACUGCCAAUAGAAAAUCUUUGUGUGAUUUCUUUUCUCCAAAAAUCCAUCCCUUAACUGUGGAUUCUGAUUUUGGCUUCCUAUUUUAGAUAAGGCUAUGUGUUAAGACCAGCUGUAUGCUACACCCCCUGAUAAACCAUUUUGGAGAAAGAAGGGCAUCCUGACCCUCGACCUUUGUGCUUGAUCAUAGAGCUGAUUUUUAUGCUUGAUAGCAUUGAUUAUAAUGUGCAAUGAAGUUUACAAAUCAUCUGUACAAUCAAUUGCCAUGCUUUGUGAUAACAGGUCCUGUUUAUGAAGAUAUAUCAUCUUAAAUGGGUUCCAUGAAGAAAUGGAGGCAGCUAUGUGUCACAUCAAAGUCAUCAUGCUCGAAUUGUAAAGAUAUACGUUUCAAAUUUUUAUACCUGAUUUACUCAUACAAACUUUCAGGACAAUUUAUUUGAACUCACUUGUCGAUAUUAAAGAAAUGUAUCGUGACCUUUGUUAUUUUCAAAAGAAAUCAGGAGGAACACUGCAUAAAAAAAACAUCGGUUCUUCAUAGUAAUUUGAAAUUGUGAACAUUCUGUAAAUAUAAUAAUAAAAUGUACAGUUUUACAAAAAAAUGACAA